AAUUAUUUUUAAGUUUGUCAAAGGAUUUGCAAAUUCGCUACGAUCAGCGACAAGAACUAUUUUCGCGUAGUGAUACCCGCCGUUAAUAAAAAGCAAAACCGGCGUUGCAGUAUUCAAAUCAGUGGAGUAACUCGCUGAAUUAAAUCGUGUCUACAAAGAUGCCUGCCGAAGUUAAUAUGAUGGAAGAAGACGUUGAAACCUUCGCUUUUCAGGCGGAGAUCGCUCAGUUGAUGAGUUUAAUCAUUAACACUUUCUAUUCGAACAAAGAAAUCUUCCUUCGAGAAUUGAUCUCAAAUGCUUCUGAUGCGUUGGAUAAGAUCAGAUAUGAAAGUCUUACAGAUCCUUCACGUUUGGAAAGUGGAAAAGAUCUUUACAUCAAAAUUGUUCCAAAUAAAGACGAACGUAGCCUUACUAUUAUUGAUACUGGUAUUGGAAUGACAAAAGCAGAUUUGAUCAACAAUCUGGGUACAAUUGCCAAAUCUGGCACUAAAGCUUUCAUGGAAGCAUUACAAGCUGGUGCUGAUAUAUCUAUGAUCGGUCAGUUUGGUGUUGGUUUUUAUUCUGCCUACCUUGUUGCUGAUAAAGUAACUGUAACCACACGCCAUAAUGAUGAUGAACAGUAUACAUGGGAAUCUUCUGCUGGUGGAUCAUUCACUGUUAGAUCAGAUCAUGGUGAACCACUUGGUCGUGGAACAAAGAUUGUUUUGCAUCUGAAAGAAGAUCAGACUGAGUAUUUGGAAGAGAAGAGAAUUAAAGAAGUGGUUAAGAAACACAGCCAGUUCAUUGGUUAUCCAAUUAAGUUACUUGUCCAAAAAGAGAGAGAGAAAGAAGUAUCAGAUGAUGAAGAGGAAAAAGCUGAAACUGAAGAACCUGAAGAAGAGAAGGAAGAGCCAAAGAUUGAAGAUGUAGGAGAAGAUGAGGCAGAGGAUAAAGACAAAGAUAAGAAGAAAAAAAAGAAAAUUAAGGAAAAAUAUACUGAGGAUGAAGAAUUGAAUAAAACUAAACCAAUAUGGAUGAGAAACCCAGAUGACAUUAGCAAGGAGGAGUAUGGUGAAUUCUACAAAAGUCUGACUAAUGAUUGGGAGGACCACUUAGCUGUUAAACACUUUUCUGUAGAAGGACAAUUAGAAUUCAGAGCAUUGUUGUUUGUGCCAAAGAGAGCUCCAUUUGAUCUGUUCGAAAACAGAAAGCAAAAGAAUAACAUUAAAUUAUAUGUUAGGAGAGUCUUCAUUAUGGACAAUUGUGAAGAUCUAAUGCCAGAGUAUUUGAAUUUUAUGAAAGGAGUAGUUGAUUCAGAAGAUCUGCCACUGAACAUUUCCAGAGAAAUGUUACAACAGAACAAAAUCUUGAAGGUUAUCAGAAAGAAUCUUGUGAAGAAGUGUCUAGAAGUUUUUGAUGAAAUUGCAGAAGACAAAGAAAUGUACAAGAAAUUUUAUGAACAGUUCAGCAAAAAUUUGAAGCUUGGAAUUCAUGAAGAUUCCCAAAACAGGAAGAAACUGGCUGAAUACUUAAGAUACUAUACCUCUGCUUCUGGUGAUGAGAUGUGUUCCCUAAAAGACUAUGUAUCACGAAUGAAAGAGAAUCAAAAACACAUAUACUUCAUUACAGGAGAAUCUAAAGAACAUGUAGCUAAUUCUGCAUUUGUAGAAAGGGUUAGGAAACGUGGUUUUGAAGUUGUAUAUAUGAUUGAACCUAUUGAUGAAUACUGUGUCCAACAACUAAAAGAAUAUGAUGGAAAACAACUUACCUCAGUAACCAAAGAAGGAUUAGAAUUACCAGAGGAUGAAGAAGAAAAAAAGAAAAGGGAGGAAGAUAAAGCCAAAUAUGAGAAUUUAUGCAAAGUCAUAAAGGAUAUUCUAGAUAAGAAAGUUGAAAAGGUUGUUGUUUCAAACAGGCUAGUCACAUCUCCAUGCUGCAUUGUUACAAGUCAGUUUGGUUGGACUGCAAAUAUGGAGAGGAUUAUGAAGGCUCAGGCUCUACGUGACACCAGCACUAUGGGUUACAUGUCAGCUAAGAAGCACCUAGAAAUAAACCCCGAUCAUCCAAUUGUUGAUACUUUAAGACAAAAGGCCGAUGCUGAUAAAAAUGACAAAUCUGUUAAGGAUCUGGUUAUGCUACUUUUCGAAACUUCAAUGUUGUGUUCAGGUUUCACACUCGAAGAUCCCCAAACUCACGCAUCACGCAUCUUCCGUAUGAUUAAAUUAGGAUUGGGAAUAGACGAUGAAGAGAUCGGCGGUGCAGGUGACGCAGCAGUAGAAGAAAUGCCUCCAUUAGAAGGUGACGAAGAAGAUGCAUCUCGAAUGGAAGAAGUUGAUUAAACUAAUGUUCAUGUUUAUAAACUCAUUUGCUCAUUCCAUUUACUGUAGUAUAUUUAUUAUUUGUUGUAUUUAAUUCGUGUUCGUUUUUUACAAAUAAAAAAUUUAAAAUAAAAUA